UCAUUCACCUGCUCUACUGACUAGAGCUAUCAGCCAGGGGUUUCAUUGUAAUUUAUGUAACUGCAGUGAGGUUUUCAGGCCCUGUUGGUGUUUUUGUGAGCAAACCAUCGUGUGAGAAGAUGAGCUGUGCUGGAUUCACCUGCUCUAAGAAUUCCCUCUGCGCCCUCAACAUCCUCUAUGUGAUGGUGAGCAUGUUGAUGAUCGGCAUCGCUGCCUGGGGAAAGUGGUUUGGCCUCGUCUCGAGUUUCCAGGUGGUAGGGGGCAUCAUCGGCAUUGGGGUCUUUCUGUUCCUUGUCGCUUUGGCUGGACUCAUUGGGGCCAUAAAGCACCACCAAGUUCUUCUCUUCUUUUAUAUGAUUAUCCUGUUCCUGGUUUUUGUGGUCCAGUUCUCUGUGUCCAGUGCGUGCCUGGCCAUUAACAAAGAGCAGCAGAAUGAGCUGUUGGAGGUCGGCUGGAACAACUCACAGACCACACAAAGGGAUGUGGAGAAGAGCCUGAACUGCUGCGGAUUCUCUCACGUGGAUGUCAACGGCACCUGUCCUGCUGCUUGUUUCAUUCAUUCCACAUGUGAUACGUGUGCAGCAAAGAUCCAGGAGCAUGUUGGGGAGGUGCUGCGCAUCGUCGGAGGGAUCGGCCUUUUCUUCAGUUUCACUGAGAUCCUAGGGGUGUGGCUAACAUACAGAUACAGGAACCAGAAAGAUCCACGGGCCAAUCCUAGCGCGUUCCUGUAAACCCCAGCCUGGACAUGGCAACUUCCUGUCCUCCAUCCUGCAAAUUCCUCUAACCACUGGACUUCUCGUAGAGCUCUGUACAACACCAGAAGUGUGUCUGUGUGUGUGUGUGCUUUCUCUGAAGCAGAGAUCAGUGCUUGUUCUCGCUGCUGCGUGUAUUGAUCAUUUUGAAAGAGUGCGGUGUUGUGAAGGAGGGGAGGGGGAUCAUGUCUAUAUCAUGGAGCUGAAUUUUUUUGUUGUUGUUGUUUUGUUUUGAAUGGACCUACAAGUACACCAAAUGAAACAAAAUUUUUAUGGAGGAAACACAUCAUCUUCUGUUGGAUAGUUAAGGGCUAAAAGUAAUUGUCAUUUACUCUGUUUUAUAUUUAAAAAAAAAAAAAGCCCAAACUUGGAGAAAACACUCUGGGCCAUGUGAGAGUAGUACAAUGCUACUGAUCAUGAAUGCAAUAAACUGAUCAUGCUUUUUGAUUGAGUUAAUAUUCAUUUUAAUUACUCUUUUGCAUGACAAAUAAAUUGACAUUAACUUAAUUAAUUGGAAAAAAACAAUAACAACAACAAUGCAUGGUCUUUAUUCAUUAUCCAUGCAAUAUGAAUGACAGCCUGUUAAGUUGGUUUGACAUACUGUAGCUCGGGAAUUGAUCACGAAACGUACAUCGUACUUGUGUGUGCUAUCAAACCAAUUCAAUCUGUGUGCAUUUAUGUGUGGUUUUGGCUUUGUGCAUGAGCACUUCACCAUAGUGUGCAUCUAUAUUCUAUAGUUCUGUGAACUAUGCCUCAUCCAUUACAAAAAAAAAACAAUAA